CUGAUCACUCUUAUCUGGUUCUUAUGAUACGCGGGUGGUGCCUGUUUGUAUCAUGACAAUUGAAAGAAUUAACGUCACAAUUAUUUACAUUUAUUUAAAGAAACAUAAGGGAAUUAAUUUUUAUAAUUCUAGUGCGUCGCGUUAACCAAGUUUAAAUAAAAACGUGAACCAGUUUUGUGGUGAAAAUGUCUCUAACUUCUAGAAGGCUUGUGCUUCUAAAAUUAAAUUAUCUGCCGAAUUUGAAACUGUACAAUGUUGCGAAGAUACUGACCUGCAGUUACAGUACCAUAAGCAAGAGUAACAAAAUAUAUCAUAACAUAAAUGAUGCUGUAAAAGAUAUCAAAGAUGGGUCCAAACUUUUAGUUGGUGGAUUUGGGCUUUGUGGAAUUCCAGAGAACCUCAUAAAAGCAGUAAAUAAAACAUGUGUGAAGGAUCUUACUGUUGUGUCCAAUAAUGCAGGAGUUGCCGACUUUGGCCUGGGCAUUUUGCUAAAAGACAGACAAGUUAAGAGAAUGAUUUCAUCAUAUGUCGGUGAAAAUGCUGUGUUUGAAAAACAAUUUUUAAGUGGUGAAUUAGAGGUUGAACUAACUCCACAAGGGACAUUAGCUGAACGAAUCAGGGCAGGAGGCGCUGGAAUACCAGCAUUCUUUACACCUACUGGUUUUGGAACUUUAAUUCAACAAGGAGGAGCACCUAUUAAAUAUACUAAAGAUGGAAAAAUUGAUAUACCAAGUGCUGCUCGGCAUGUUCAACAAUUCAAUGGCAAGGAUUACAUCAUGGAAGAAGCAAUUACUGGCGACUUUGCAUUAGUCAAAGCAUGGAAAGCAGAUAAAUAUGGAAAUUUAAUAUUUAGAAAAAGCGCAAGAAAUUUCAACCCAGCUAUGUGCCGUGCUGCUAAAAUAACAAUAGCUGAAGUUGAAGAAAUUGUUGAUGAAAUAGAUCCAGACUUUGUCCACAUACCAUCUAUAUAUGUACACAGAAUUAUUAAAGGUGAUAAAUUUGAGAAGCGCAUUGAAAGGAAGACUGUUACCAAACCGAUUGAACAAAAAGAGAAGAAAUCAUCUGAUUUAAUUCGAGAAAGAAUUAUUAGAAGAGCCGCUUUAGAAUUCAAACAUGGAAUGCAUGCUAAUCUUGGAAUUGGUAUGCCCAUGCUUGCCAGUAAUUAUAUACCACAAAAUGUGAAAGUACUAUUACAGUCAGAGAAUGGCAUCCUAGGCCUCGGUCCAUUCCCUACGGAAGAGGAAGUGGAUGCAGAUCUGAUUAAUGCCGGGAAAGAAACUGUAACUGUUCUCCCUGGCGCUUCAUUUUUCUCAUCGGACGACAGUUUCGGCAUGAUCCGCGGCGGACACAUCGACCUGACUAUACUGGGUGCUAUGCAAGUCUCACAGUAUGGGGACUUAGCUAAUUGGAUGAUACCUGGUAAAAUGGUGAAAGGUAUGGGUGGAGCGAUGGAUCUAGUGUCCGCUCCGCGCACCAAGGUCGUGGUGACGAUGGAGCACACCGCCAAGAAUGGUGCACACAAGAUACUGCCCGAGUGCUCGCUGCCCCUCACCGGCAAGAACUGCGUCGAUAUGAUUAUCACUGAAAAGUGCGUAUUUGAAGUUGACAAAGAGAAGGGACUGAUUCUGACUGAGCUGGCUGAAGGUGUAACUGUGGAGGAUAUAAUUGUGAGUACUGGCUGCGAGUUCACAGCCGCUACAAAAAUUAAAAAAAUGGGUGACGUCACAAAACUUGAAGAUAUUCUCGAAUAGUUCCAGAAAGUUCUGCCGCAAAUACGUAAGCUAGUCUAUAUUUUCAUAAAGAAUGUUUUUUAUAUGUUUAUUCUUAUUAAGGAUAUUAUAUAAUUGAUAUAUUACGAAUUUAUACACAUUUAAAACUUGUAAUAUAACUGAAUUUUAUAUUGUUAUCAAUUUUAAAUAAAUUGUAUACAUUAUAUGUACUUAUUUUAAAUUGUAUAUUAUAUUUUGUACUUAGUAU